GUACUACCAUGCAGUGGUAGCUAGCUAGUAGCUAGGUGGGGGAGGAGGGGGAGGUGCGACCGUGCGAGUGGCAGCGGCGAUGUCGCCACCUCCGCCGCCGCCGCCGCUGCUGAGGAACGAGCUGUCGCGGAGGACGGCGGUGCUGGGGCUGCGGCUGUGGGUGCUGGUCGGCAUCGCGGUGGGGGCGGCGUUCCUGCUGCUGCUCGCGGUGAUCUCGGUCCACCUCGCGCUGUCUCGCCGGCGGAAACCCACGAAGAAGCGGGCGGUGCCGCUGUCGCCCGCCACCAUCCCUCCGGUGUCCAAGGAGAUCCAGGAGGUGGCCGUCCACGUCGGCUCCCUCCGCCACUACCUCGAGGCCGGGGCCACGUUCCUCAAAGAGGGCGGCGGCGGGCUCGCCGGGGCCGACGGCGAGUCGCUGGGGGGCUCCACCGUGUACGGGUCGCAGCGCGUCCACAUCGAGGCCGGCAAGGGCCGCCGCAUGGUGGCGUACGCCGACGGGGAGGUGGGCCCCGUGCCGUCCGACCUCGCGGCGUCGGCGCAGGCAGCGGCGGGCCCCGAGGUGUCCCACCUCGGGUGGGGGCACUGGUACACGCUCCGGGAGCUGGAGGAGGCCACCGCCGCGUUCGCCCCCGAGCACGUCGUCGGCGAGGGCGGCUACGGCAUCGUGUACCGCGGCGUGCUCGCCGACGGCUGCGAGGUCGCCGUCAAGAAUCUCCUCAACAACAGGGGUCAGGCGGAGCGGGAGUUCAAGGUGGAGGUGGAAGCAAUCGGCCGCGUCCGCCACAAGAAUCUCGUCAGGCUGCUCGGCUACUGCGCGGAGGGAGCUCACCGGAUACUUGUGUAUGAGUACGUCGACAAUGGCAACCUGGAGCAGUGGCUUCAUGGCGACGUUGGACCGGUUAGCCCUCUGUCUUGGGACACCAGGAUGAGCAUCGUGCUUGGGACAGCGAAAGGGAUUACAUAUUUGCACGAGGGGCUGGAGCCGAAGGUGGUGCACAGGGACAUCAAGUCGAGCAACAUCCUGCUGGACAAGAGAUGGAACCCCAAGGUCUCGGAUUUUGGCCUCGCCAAGCUCCUCGGUUCCGACAGCAACUAUGUCACCACGAGAGUCAUGGGAACAUUUGGUUAUGUCGCACCCGAAUACGCAAGCACUGGGAUGCUGAACGAGAGGAGUGACGUGUACAGCUUCGGGAUCUUGAUAAUGGAAAUCAUCUCUGGUCGGAGCCCGGUCGACUAUGCAAGACCUCCAGGAGAGGUUAACCUUGUAGAAUGGCUCAAGAAUAUGGUGAGCAACCGUGACUAUGAAGCUGUUCUGGACCCAAAAUUACCAGAGAAGCCUACCUCCAAGGCACUGAAGAAGGCUCUCUUGGUUGCUCUGAGGUGUGUGGAUCCUGACUCGCAGAAGCGGCCGAAGAUGGGGCAUGUCAUCCAUAUGCUCGAAGUCGACGACUUCCCAUACCGAGAAGAUCGUCGGACGCCGAGGCAAUGCCAGGGCAGCCCCCUGGACAGAGCAAGAACAUAUGCGAAGCCGGUGACAGAGUCAGGCGACAGCAGCUGCUACGAUGGCAACACCACCACAGCUGCCAGUACGCCAUGCAGAUUGCAUGAGAGCUUGAGAUAGCUAGCUCUCCCAUCUCGAGUGUGCAGUAGGAAGCAUGGGAUCGAUCGAUGGCCUCGGGUCACCGUCCUGUCGCUGUAACCUUUUUUUGUUAUUUGUCCAUGUCGUUUGCUCCGGUUUCUGCAUGCCAUUUGAUCUGUUGGUGCGUAAAAUUUUUGUGCAAGUGUGUGGUUAGCUGUGGUCGCCUUUGCCUUCCAUGCAUGCUGUUGAAUGAACACUCAUGCUGCACUGUGUGGAUUGACAUAGCUUGCUGGCCGACUGGUGUAUAGAGAAUGCUUGCGAUUUCUGGCA